CUGACGUUUAACUUGACGUCUAUGUAUGAUAUAAAAACAUAACCUUAAAAUAAGGACCUAUAUUUUCCUAAAUCAUUCGAAAGUAAAAAUAACAAGACCAUAAUGUCGAAAAUAAGUAAUUUAAUAAACUUUUUUUCGAAAAGAAGUAUUUCUGUGUCAGCUCCUAGAGAAGGCAAGAGAAACUUUAGAAAAAUGGUGAUCGCGAACAAGAGGGGCUCUCGUUUACAUCGUCUAAAACAGGCAACUGAAAACAGAGAGUUGGAUAUUGACAAGCGAGGUGUGCGUGAUGUGGGAUACUACAUGAACGGCCGCUUCGUGCCUGUACCAGAGAUGAUACCUGAGUUAAUAGUCCCGGACCUAAAAGACUUCAAUCUCAAACCCUACGUCUCGUACAAAGCUGCUGAUGUUAUACAAAGUGAAUUUACCGCUCAGCAGCUGUUUGACGCUGUGUACAGUAAGAAAAUCGUCACGGAUUACAAAGAGGGCAAAUUAGAUGAAGAAGGAAACCCACUAGAGCCAUCGGAGGAAGAGAAAUUGAAUGCAGAGGAGGCUGUCAACAGGGCUAAACGAACUGGCUCUGAUAUAUUCUAAUGUGUUAGUUUCUGCUGUAGUUUAGUUGUAUAUAGAUAAGAUUAUUAAAUAAAUGUUAAUUGUGAAUCAG